AUGGCCGAGGAGCUGACAAUGGCAGCAGCACAGGGCAAUAUACAACUGGUGGAGGAACUACUAGACAGUGGGGUGAACCCCAAUACCUGCAACUCCCACGGCAGGACAGCCAUCCAGGUGAUGAUGAUGGGCAGUCCACACUUGGCUCAGCUGCUUCUUGAUCAUGGAGCAGACCCAACCAUCAGAGACCCCACAACUGGCACCUGCCCGUCUCAUGAUGCCAUCCGGGAGGGCUUUGUGGAGACACUGGUCGUACUGAUAAAUGGAGGAGCGAGUGUUGACGGCCCACUGGACAACUUCGGCCACCGCCCCAUAGACUUAGCCUCCCCAUGGGUCAUGAGAGAACUUAUAGCUCUAGGAAUUGUCCACCACACCUGAAAGUACUUCUACUUGUCUCUGUUUAUUAUCAAUGGA